GUAGCGCGCGUGCCUCUCUCUCUCCUCUCUGUUCCACGCGCUCCUCAUCCACUACUCAGACACAUAACGGUCGAAGCGCGAGAGCUCCAACACCACCCUCUACCGGAGAGAGAGAGAGAGAGAGACAGAGAGAGAGAGAGACUCUUCACGCUCCUCCUGGAAGAGAAGAGACCUAAGAGAAGUCAGAGCGAGUCCGGGAGAAGGAGACUGAGAGAAGGGAAAACGGUCCGAGGACUUCAACGACUGAGGCGACUCCAGAAGAAAACGGACGUUUGCCCACAGUUUGGCGUUGUUACCUCACGGCCGCGGGGGUCGACACACGCCGAAAACUGAGGACAUGGAUAAAGUUUUAACUUGGCUCGUCACCGCGGUCGGGCUCCUGGUGUCGGCACGCGGACAGGUGUACAAAGGCGAUUGCAGCUUCGAGAAGCCGUUUGUGGCGUGCGGCUACAGCCAGGGACGAGAUGACGACCUUGAGUGGGAGCAGGCCAACACCAAAGAAAAGCCUUCUGCAAACCAAUGGAUGCCUCCUGGUUCAGCCUUCAUGAUGGUGAACACGUCAGGCCGUUUCUCCGGACAGAGAGCCCAGCUGCUGAGCCCUCAGCUCAAAGAGAACGACACACACUGCGUCACCUUUCAGUACCUGGUGUCCGGCAGAGAGGGGGGCAGCCCCGGGUACCUCAACAUCUACAUCAAAGAGAACAACAGCCCCACUGGUCUGCCCGUGUGGAACACUUCAGGCCCUGUCAGCAGGAGCUGGACUCAAGUGGAACUCGCUAUCAGCACAUACUGGCCUAACUUCUAUCAGAUCAUCUUUGAAGCUGUGACCUCAGGCCAGCGUGGUUUGCUGGCCAUCAAGGAUGUCGUCAUCCAGGGCCAUCAGUGCAUGACGACGCCAAACUUCCUCCAUAUUAAAGGAGUGGAGGUGAACGCAGGGCAGACAGCUACCUUCCACUGCACCGUCAACGGAGAGUGGAGAGACAACUUUCACCUGUGGCUGCAGGGUAUCGGUGGACGAGAGGCUCCUAUGAAGGCCACUAAGCCGUGGAAUAACCAGCGGUUCAUUGGGAUGUUCGACGUGGUGAACACCACCAAACAGGACUCGGGCCGCUACCGCUGUAUAGUCCAUUCCACCAGGGGAGUGGGUGUGUCCAACUACGGAGAACUGACCAUCAAACAACCCCCAGUGCCCAUCGCGCCUCCCCAGCUGACGGCAGUGGGCGCCACCUACCUAUGGAUCCAGCUCAACGCCAACUCCAUCAACGGGGAUGGACCGAUCAUCGGCCGUGAAGUGGAGUACCGUACGGUCUCGGGCACCAUGUACGACCUGCAGCCUGUGGACAAGGCGUCACACAAGAUCGGUCAUCUGGCACCAGAUACAGAGUACGAGAUCAGUGUGCUGCUCACACGGCCACUGGACGGGGGCACAGGGGCGCCCGGGCCACCACUCCGGGCUCGUACCAAGUGCGCUGAGCCCAUGCACGGACCUCGGCAGCUGAAGGUGGUGGAUAUCAAGGCCAGGCAGGUGACCCUCCGCUGGGAGCCGUUUGGCUACAACGUGACGCGCUGCCAUAACUACAGCCUGACGGUGGAGUACAGCGCACGCGGGACCGUGAAAGACGAGACCCGGGAGGAGGUGUCCUACGACGGCAAGAACUCCGCCCCUCAGCACACCAUCCACAACCUGACUCCCUUCACCAACCUGAGCGUCAAACUGGUGCUGCGCAAUCGCGAGGGCGUGAAGGAGAGCGCCGAGAUCCACGUCCAGACCGACGAGGACGUGCCGGGUGAGGUUCCUCUGGACUCCAUCCAGGCCAGCGUGUAUGAAGAGAAGAUCAUCCUUAAAUGGAGAGAGCCUGCUCACACCUACGGAGUCAUCACCCAGUAUGAGAUCUCAUAUAAAGCCGUGAGCUCAUUCGACCCGGUGCUGGACCUCUCCAACCAGAGUGGCAAGGUGAUCAAACUAGGAAAUGAGACGAGUCAUGUGUUCCUGGGUCUCUAUCCAGGCUCGACGUACUCCUUCACCCUGAGAGCCAGCACGGCUAAAGGCUACGGUCCUCCGGCCAUCACUCAGGCCACCACCAAGAUCUCAGCUCCUUCUAUGCCUACAUACGAUCAGGAGACGUCUCUGAACCAGACUGACAGCACUGUUACCGUUCUCCUCAAACCUGCUCAAAGCAGAGGCGCACCAGUGAGUGUAUAUCAGGUGGUGGUGGAGGAAGAGAGGCCCAGACGAGCACGUGGCGGUGAGGCAGAGAUCCUGCGCUGUUACCCCAUCCCCGUCCACUACCAGAACGCAACAUCACUCAACUCUAAGUACUACUUCACAGCAGAAUUCCCCUCUGGGGGUAUCCCGUCCCCUCUGCCUUUCACAGUGGGGGACAACAGAACCUACAAUGGCUUCUGGAAUGCACCCCUGCUUCCCCACAAGAGCUAUAGUGUCUACUUCCAGGCCGUCAGCACAGCUAACGGGGAGACUAAAAUAGACUGUGUGCGAGUUGCCACCAAAGCCGCUAUUCUAGUGACGCAGCUCACUACUCCCUACAUCCGCAUUGCUCCAGCUGCAGGCGACAACCAACUAACAGGGUCGGCAACGCACAAACCGAACGCGGUGGAGCCGGAGAAACAGACCGACCACACGGUGAAGAUUGCUGGCGUCAUCGCAGGCAUCCUGCUCUUCGUCAUCAUCUUCCUUGGCGUGGUACUUCUCAUGAAGAAACGGAAACUGGCUAAGAAGCGUAAAGAGACGCUGAGCAGCACUCGGCAGGAGAUGACGGUGAUGGUGAACUCCAUGGACAAGAGCUACACGGAGCAGGGCACUAACUGCGAUGAAGCUCUUUCCUUCAUGGACACUCACAACUUGAACAGCCGCUCUGGAUCUUCUCCCUGCUCUCUAACGGUGAAGACAAACACACUGAGCACAACUCUCCCCAACUCCUAUUACCCAGACCCCUUUGUGCCCACUGCCAUCUUAGACGAGACGCAGACGGUGGCCAGCGAUACCAGCAGCCUGGUGCAGUCUCACACCCAUGCUCACUCCACACACUCCAUGCACUCCACACACUCCACGCACACACACUCUCUCCGGAAGCGUGAGGCGGCAGACGUGCCCUACCAGACGGGUCAGCUCCACCCGGCCAUCCGCGUGGCCGACCUGCUCGAGCACGUCACCCAGAUGAAGUGCGCCGAGGGAUACGGCUUCAAAGAGGAGUACGAGAGCUUCUUUGAGGGACAGUCUGCACCAUGGGACUCUGCCAAGAAAGAUGAGAACCGGAUGAAGAAUCGCUAUGGAAACAUCAUCGCAUAUGAUCACUCCCGCGUGCGUCUGCAGAGCCUGGAGGGCGAGCAGAGCUCCGAUUACAUUAAUGCUAAUUAUGUUGAUGGCUACCACCGGCCAAAUCACUACAUUGCUACACAAGGACCCAUGCAGGAGACGGUGAUUGACUUUUGGAGGAUGGUGUGGCAGGAGAACACAGCCACCAUUGUCAUGGUUACUAACCUAGUGGAAGUUGGAAGGGUGAAAUGCUGUAAGUACUGGCCGGAUGACACGGAGAUAUACAGAGAUAUGAAGGUGACGCUGAUCGAGACCCAGCUCUUGUCUGAGUAUGUCAUCAGAACAUUCGCUGUGGAGAAGAGGGGGGCACACGAGAUUCGUGAGAUCCAGCAGUUUCACUUCACAGGCUGGCCAGAUCACGGUGUGCCAUAUCACGCUACAGGCCUGCUGGGCUUCAUCCGCAGAGUCAAGGCCAAGUCAGCUGCCAACGCUGGCCCUAUUGUGGUUCACUGCAGCGCGGGGGCGGGCCGGACAGGCUGUUUCAUCGUGAUUGACAUAAUGUUGGACAUGGCUGAGCGGGAGGGCGUGGUCGACAUCUAUAACUGUGUCCGAGAGCUGCGAUCUCGCCGGGUCAACAUGGUCCAGACUGAGGAACAAUAUGUCUUUAUCCAUGAUGCCAUUCUGGAGGCGUGUCUUUGCGGAGACACCACCAUUCCUGCCAAUCAACUCCGUUCUGUGUACUAUGACAUGAACCGAUUGGAUCCCCAAACCAACACCAGUCCAAUCAAAGAGGAGUUUAGGACACUGAACAUGGUGACCCCCACACUGCGCGUAGAGGACUGCAGCAUUGCACUACUGCCACGGAACCAUGAGAAGAACCGUUGCAUGGAUGUGCUGCCUCCUGACCGCUGCCUGCCCUUCCUCAUCACCAUUGACGGAGAAAGCAGCAACUACAUCAACGCUGCACUCAUGGAUAGUUAUAAGCAGCCUUCUGCAUUUAUUGUUACCCAGCAUCCUUUGCCAAACACAGUGAAAGAUUUCUGGAGGCUGGUGCUGGACUAUCACUGCACAUCCAUUGUUAUGCUCAAUGAUGUGGAUCCUGCACAGCUGUGUCCUCAGUACUGGCCAGAGAAUGGGGUACAUAGGCAUGGUCCUCUGCAGGUAGAAUUUGUGUCAGCUGAUCUUGAAGAGGAUAUCAUCAGCAGAAUAUUCCGCAUUUACAACGCUGCCCGGCCUCAAGAUGGCUAUCGUAUGGUGCAGCAGUUCCAGUUCUUAGGCUGGCCCAUGUACCGAGACACACCCAUGUCCAAACGCUCCUUCCUCAAACUCAUUCACCAGGUGGACAAGUGGCAAGAAGAAUACGAUGGAGGAGAGGGACGCACUGUGGUGCACUGCCUAAAUGGAGGCGGACGGAGCGGAACAUUCUGCGCCAUCAGUAUCGUGAGUGAGAUGUUGCGACACCAGCGCUCGGUUGACGUGUUCCAUGCAGUCAAAACUCUGCGGAACAACAAACCCAACAUGGUGGACUUAUUGGAUCAGUACAAGUUCUGCUAUGAAGUGGCUUUGGAGUAUCUAAACUCAGGCUAGCUGUGCUAACUAUCAGACGACACGGACAUCCUUUUGGAUUUUUUUUUUUUUUGGAAAAAGUGGAUGCUCAGUGUGUGUACAGCACUAGCAGUGCAGUGCAUACGUGUGCAUGUGUGCGUGCACGUAUGCGUGUGUGUGUGUGUGUGUGUGUGUGUGUGUGUGUGAGUAUGUAUGUGGUCAGCUUGUAUAUUUCAACAAAUGUUUGUUUACCUGACCAGGCUUUUUCAACUACUGGAAGAGUACAGUAUAUUGUCCAACCGUCUUCUAACUGAAGUGUGUGUUGUAAAUGAAGCCAGCUCACAUUCUUCUCUCUUACUUUGGCCUGUGUGCCCUUCGGUAUCAUUUUCCAGCUUUUGCGCGGGACCUUCUGUGUAUGUUGUUGUAAUGCUUUCCAUUUCUUAUCGACGUGUGCCGAAAUGCGUGAGUGGACACCAUCGGGGCAAGAAUCAAGAAUCUAAAUGUUAUUUUAUUGUGUAAAUCAGUUGUAAUAUGGUAAUGAGCAGAGUUACACAUGCCAACCAUAGCAUCAUUGCAUAUUAUGUGCCAUGUUCAAAGGAUCCAAAGCUUUUUUUGGCACUUUGUUUUUUGAUAUUGUUUGUUUAUAUUGUAAAUACGAUCAGUGUAGUGUAUUAUUUAUUCACGCUGUGUAUUUCAGUGACAAUCGUGUACUGGGUUCAUUGGUUGAAUCGCCCAGAAUGUAUUGUCAGCUUUGGUUCAUCUUGUUUGAAGAAAUAUUGUACAUGUUUAAAUAUAUACUGUAUGUAUCAUAGCAAAAGAAAAAAAGACUUGAUGUUAUUAUUUAUCUCACAAAAUCUACAAAUCUGUUCUUUCUCUCGGAUUCCCCUCUCAACUUGUGUUUUUGCUGAGCAGAACAGGAAUCAGUGCACUGGUUAAAACUUCUUAGCAGAGAGACGGUAUAGUGCCUCAUCUGGAGCUGGUAAGAGAGUAAAGUCCAUGUACAGUGGUGCUUGAAAGUUUGUGAACCCUUUAGAAUUUUCUAUAUAUUUCUGCAUAAAUAUGACCUAAAACAUCAUCGGAUUUUCCAACAAGUCCUAAAAGUAGACAGAGAGAACCCAAUUAAACAAAUGACAUGAAAAAUAUUAUACUUGGUCAUUUAUUUAUUGAGGAAAAUGAUCCAAUAUUACAUAUCUGUGAGUGGUAGAAGUAUGUGAACCUUUGAACCUUUCAGUAUGUGGUGUGACGCCCUUGUGAAGCAAUAACUGCAACUAAACGUUUCCGGUAACUGUUGAUCGUCCUGCACAUCGGCUUGGAGGAAUUUUAGUCCGUUCCUCAGUACAGAACAGCUUCAGCUCUGGGAUGUUGGUGGGUUUCCUCACAUGAACUGCUUGCUCCAGAUUGAUUCAGAUUCAGAUGUCCACAUUUCUAUUGGAUUAAGGUCAGAACUUUGACUUGGCCGUUCCAAAACAUGAACUGUAUUCUUAUUUAACCAUUCUUUGGUAGAACGACUUGUGUGCUUAGGGUCCUUGUAUAGCUGUAUGACCCACUUUCUCUUGAGAUUCAUUUCAUUAACAGAUGUCCUGACAUUUUCCUUUAGAAUUUGCUGGUAUAAUUCACACUUCAUUGUUCCAUCAAUGAUGACAAGUCGUCAUGCAGCAAAACAGGCCCAAACCAUGAUACUACCACCAGCAUGUUUCACAGAUGGGAUAAGGUUCUUAUGCUGGAAUGCAGUGUUUUCCUUUUGCCAAACAUAAUGUUUCUCAAUUUAAACCAGAAAGUUCUAUUUUGGUCUCAUUUGUCCACAAAACCUUUUUUCCAAUAGCCUUCUUUCUUGUCCACAUGAUCUUUAGGAAACUGCAGUGCGAGUGCAGCGAUUUUCUUUUUGGACAGCAGUAACUUUCCCCUUGCAACCCUGCUAUGCACACCAUUGUUGUUCAGUGUUCUCCUGAUGAACAUUAACAUUAGCCAAUGUGAGAGAGGCCUUUAAUUGCUUAGAAGUUACCCUGGGUUCCUUUGUGACCUUGCGGACUAUUACGUGUCUUGCUCUUGGAGUGAUCGUUGUUGGUCUUCACUCCUGAGGAGGGUAACUAUGGCCUUGACUUUCCUCCAUUUGUACACAAUCUGCCUGACUGUGGAUUUGUGGAGUCCAAACUCUUUAGAGAUGGGGUU